AUGUUUUCAAAAAGUCAUUUGAAAAGUCCUAAACAAAAACAGCAACAAAGGCGGCAUCAGCAACAACAACAACAACAACAACAACGACAACAGCGCCAACAACAGCCACAAAAGCAACAACAACAACAGCAAAGACAAGAGCGUCAACAACAACAGUUACAAAAACAACCACAACAAUAUCAUCAGCAAAAAUGUCAACUUCAACAAGCGGAACAGUUACAAACGACGAUAAAAAAGGAUGGAAUUAGUAUUAAUUCAGGACGAAUCGGUGAACGUUUGGUAAUUCGUACAACAACGCUUACAGGUCAAAGAUUACGAUAUACUGUUACUCGACCUUUUCUAUCAGCUGAACCACGAUUAUAUCAUUCAAAAUAUCACUCUAAUGAUACUUUUCAUCAAUCAUCUUCGAAAAAUUCCAUCAAAAAUCAUUCAGUAGAAAGGGAUCGAACAUUAUCAUCAUCAUCCAUCAAUGAUACGUGUGAAAUAUUUACAGAAAAAUUUUCAACCAAAACAAAUAAUGGUAAAAGUAAAAGUGACAUUGAAUUUAUCAUUUCUAAGCAUCCUAAAUUAUCGAUUGAUGAAAAUGGCGAUAAACAUACUGGUUAUUGCUCAUUUGCUCAACGAUUUCGAGAAAUGCAAUCAAUGACUUAUGGUUAUCCAAAGAAGUCAAUUUCAACAUCACAAUCUGGAAUAACCCCUAAUACAUCACAUAUACCAAGAAUUAAUUACAGAGCAAUAAUUACUUGUAGUUCAAAUAAUAUUGACAAAAAUUCACUGCCAGUAUUCGAGAAAUCUCGGCAGCAAGUUAACCAAUGUGAUAUUCCCUACAAACAAACACAAUCAUUAUCACCAUUAAUUAAAAGUGAUAAAGGUAUGUUUUGA